UUUUUUAACCUUGCGGUAUUUUUGGCCUACGUGGUAAACCGGCUUCUUCGAGUUUGACCGUUUGACCAGAGUGGUUUGACGUUGCAUACAAUCGUGCCUCCGCCCUAUUUAUGUAUUGCCAAGUAUCGCCGUGUAUUUUUGUUCUGUUAUGUGAGUCAUCAGCUGUUACAAAUCAUACAAAAAUAAUCUAGAGGAAGCGCAAGAGUAUCGUGUAUUAGACAACGCGUGUGAGAUUCGAUUUGCAAUAGAACAAACAAGUGUAUUUUGGUGGAAGUUUCCCGUUAAGUCGUAUCAAAAUGAGCGUUCACGGGUUUUUGGAUAUAGUACAGGGUUCUUUGGCCCAGUAUUUGAACAUUUCCAAAGAAAUUGGGGGUGAUGUAUACCAGCAAAGCCUGUUGGUGAAGAGGGCUUUUGAUGCUCAAACAGAAUUCUUGAAAACCGCUAGUCAGAGCAGUCAACCAGGUCAGAAUGAACUAGUUCAAUACUUGAAACCUACAAGUGUCGAAAUUGAGAGUAUACAGCAAUUCAGGGAAAGAAAUAGAACAUCCCAAUUCUUCAACCACCUUUCUGCUAUAAGUGAAAGUAUUCCGGCUCUUGGAUGGGUUACAGUGAGCCCUGCUCCUGCUCCCUAUGUGAAAGAAAUGAACGAUGCCGGACAGUUUUAUACGAACAGGGUCCUGAAAGAUUGGAAGGAAAAGGAUAAGAAACAUGUUGAUUGGGUGAAAUCUUGGAUUCAAACUCUAACCGAGCUCCAAGCCUUCGUCAAACAACAUCACACCACUGGCUUGGUCUGGGCUAAAAAGGGAUCUGCCCCACCACCACCACCACCUGGAUGUCCGCCGCCACCACCUCCAGUUCUAGAUUUAACAGCAGGAGGAGAUACAUCUCUCGAUCGGUCUGCCUUGUUCGCACAAAUAAACCAAGGAGCGGAUAUCACGAAAGGCUUGAAAAAGGUUUCGUCUGAAAUGCAAACUCACAAGAACCCUGCAUUACGUCAGGGUCCUGCACCUUUCAAACCUGUCUCCAAGCCUUUGGCUUAUGGCAACAGCGCUGGGCCAGCUGUUGACAAGCCUCCAAGCUUUACUAGAGAUGGCAAGAAAUGGUUGAUUGAAUACCAAAAGGGCAAACAUGACUUGAUUGUUGAUGGAGUAGAGAUGAACAAUGUUGUUUACAUGUUCAAAUGCACGGAUUCUACUGUAACAGUCAAAGGGAAGAUUAACUCAAUUGUCUUGGAUUCUUGCAAGAAAUCUUCUGUUGUGUUUGACAAUUUGGUAUCUUCUGUUGAAUUCAUCAAUUGCCAAUCUGUCCAAAUGCAAGUGUUAGGUAAGGUACCCACCAUAUCUAUUGACAAAACCGAUGGUUGUCAAAUCUACCUGAGUCAGGAGUCCCUUGAUGUGGAGAUAGUGAGCUCGAAAUCGUCUGAAAUGAAUGUAUUAGUCCCUAAAGGAAACGGAGACUACACGGAGUACGCGGUCCCUGAACAAUACAAGACCACCGUCGUUCCUGGCAAAGGUCUAAGUACGAUCAUUGUUGAAAACAAGGGUUAAGUGUUUUGGUAUUCACUUAAAUGAAAACAAUUUUUAAGAAUAUCCUAGCAAUUUUUUUUACAGAUGUAGGUUUAAACGAAACACUUGAGCAUGUUUGAAAAUGGAAGGUGGUAUUAACAUUGAAAUGAUUUUAGAUGCUUUUCUUUAUACUUUGACAUACAAAAUGUUUUUAACUUCUAGAAAAUUUCAACCAGGAAUUAUAGACUAAACAGUCUUCCAGAUCUAAGUUUAUUAAAAUACUUGAUAUGUAAUUUCAAUUUGGAUUGAAUACCUCAUUUUUAACUGGUGAUCAAAAUUGAUGAUUCAUUAAGGCCAAAGUCAUUCUUCGGAGAUUUCAGUAUUAUUUGAAUAGAUUAAAAACCUAAUUCUCCAUUCAACAUAUAAACCUGGUUUAAGUUUUCGACGUGCUUUUUUAUAUUUAUAUAUCAAAUGUAAUGGAAUGUUCUAGAUUCAUAAUGGAAACAUGAAAAUUUGCAAUAAUUCAUAUUAACCUUGCCUCUUUGUUUAUAUGAUUUAUGAAUUCUAGUCACAUCUUUGAUACAUCUCUUUAUGCAACAUUUGGUUGCACUGGUCAUACGAUGGGAUGAUUAACAACAUAUCUUUUUGAACAAUUUUUUCAUAUUUGAAAUUUUACAUUUGUUUUCUGAAAAAAUGUAUUUAUUAGGAAAUUUUUUGUUUUAAAAUUGUGUGAAUCGCUUUGAUAAUUCUUCCUAUGUAAUUUUAUUAAUUGAAAUAAAUAGGUGAUAAGUGAAA